AUGGAUCCUCAAAGAGUGCGAAGUGGCGACGGCCACUUAGUGACCGAAGACCUGGAAGAUCUCCCUCUUUUGUCGCCUUCAACAGCUCCAAGUCCUCAGGUACAAUAUAUUCUUGACGUAGUUAUUAUUCGAAAAAAAAAGAUUAAUGACUCAAAGUUUAUUAUAAAAUGUUGAAAAUUCUCUGUGGCUGUACAGCAAGCUGAAACAUUAGAAAUUCCAUUUUGCUAACAAAUUAGUUGGUCAAAUGAGUUUCUCAAAAUUCAGUACAGUUAAGGGUGUUUUCUGUUGUUUUCCAAAGUUGUUCUGAAUUGCAUCUCUGUUCAGCGGACAGUCUAUUUUUUUUUGCUAAGACAGCAAUAGCAAUGAAGUUUGCAAGAUUAUUUUUUGCAAAAUUCGAACAUCAAAAAUGACGAUUUCGCGGUUUACCGCAGAGAUCCCCAGCGGCAAAAAAUGUUGCCAACCGUCGGGGAGUUCGAUAGCACUAUCAGGUGCUCAUUAUCAAGAAGCAAUUUGCACGUGCCCAUCGUCUUGGUUUCCCUUUUUUAUUGCUUAUCGCUGCAACUCCCUCAAGUCGCCACGCUGAGCAGUUCAUUCAAAUAUAUCGAUCGUCAGUGAGAAUUAUUCUGCUUCUUCUUUGGAACGAUGCCGUUCCGCUCGAGAUCGCGAGCCAGUUCUUUCUCCCAGCCGAACCUCUUCUUCGGCGUCAGCAACGUCUUCAUGGCCAGCGUCAUCUACUCUUUCUGGUUCUGUCAGUACAUGACCGAAAUGGUGUGGCGUAUGGCACGCAGGAUGUUCCGCGACAACUCUUUGUACAUCCUCAUUGAAUUUAUUGAGGCAACCAGAGAAGCCCAUUCUCAUCGAAAUGCGGUCCGAUUUCGAAAUUUUUGUGUAGUAGCUAUUUGACGUUUCAGCACUUUUUUCAUUGUAGCUGAUCGUGUUCUAGUUCACUCUGAAAUCCUUAUCUACACUCCGAUUUUUGCAGACUGCCAGAAAUGGACAACGUACUACUUCAACAUCCGCGGCCUCUUCAGAAAUUUCUUGUGAGUUCAGAAAGAAUUUUACAUUUGUUUUUUAUGUGAGAACUUGUAGCUCAAGAGGGAAGCUCAACCUCCCGUGAUGCUUUGAAUGGUUCCGAAUCGAAUAACUUCCUCUCGGACUAUGGCUAUGACGGCGAUGUCAAUCUGCGCACAAGAAUCGAACGAAUUCUCGAAGAACACGGUAACUCCGCUCAUUUUCGCCGGUUUUCCAACGAAAAAUAGGUGGUUUAGAGCGCAGAAGGCGUCAAAGUACGGACACAGAAGGUGGCACUUCGGAAGAAUUGCGCGUCAUUCAACCGGUAAUUUGAAAAUUGGAAGAUUGAAAAAUUUUUGCUUAGCUCAUUGAAUACUUGUACCUGAGCAUUCCGGUGAUUAUUUUAUUUGUUCUGCGUCUUUGGCUCGAUGGCUUUGUUGAUAUCUUGAGGUUGUCCAAGGAAUGGAAGUUGAAUUCAAUAAUGUUUGAAUUCAGAAUAAUUAUGCUGUACAGCUUUUUCCUCUACUUUGACAUCCAUGUUCAAAAAAUCGGAGCCGGUGGUGAGUUCCAGUUUGAGUAGACCAUCGUUACUUCAAAUUAUCAGGUCGCCCAAACAAAUACGUUCGUCUCAGCCAUAUUCUUGGAGUUUCGCUUGCCAUUUCCUUUGCCAUCCCAAUUAUUUCUCAAAUGGAAGGGUUCAAUGUAUUUUCGGCUCUCAUCUUCGACGUCAACGUGAGAUUAAAAGACAGGAAAAAAAAAUCAAAAGCUAUUUAGUAUUUUUUCUCUACCAUGAGUUAUCACGAAAUGGCGUACACCGUUUACUGUAUCAUUCUGACGGACUGUGUGGUUAAAAUUUUUACGGUCGCAACCAAAUUGAUGGUGCUUUUUUCAAUAUUCGAAAAAUUUUACAAUGAAGGUUCAGAUCAUGUCUUUGGGAGAGACGAUCAUUUCUUCGGCCAGAAAAAGACGUCUUCUACAGCUUUCAGAAUAUGUCUCUCAAGUCAUCUUUAAUGAGGAAUUAAGUUAUAAACUGUAUUUUUUUCAGCUUUAUCGAGCACUUUGCCCUAUUCUCCUGUGGGUACGCUACUUCAUGCGCGACAGAGAUCAGCAAACAUUUUACGACCUGCCGUUAGCUAUGUUCUAUCUCGGAAUCAAGGUAAAUCUUCUCGCAAGCCAAUUUUUAUAAAUUUCUUUAGAAGUAUUUUCAGAUAACUAGCAAAUUUCUAAAACCAUGUCAAAAUUUUAAUAUCAGCAAGCCAUUAAAAACACAUUGCUAAAAGUUAAGUGAAAAGUACUUCAAAUAAUCAAAAAGUUAAGCAAUUGCAUAUAUGGUAAAAGUUUUCUUAUUGAGCUAUUUUUUCAAAAUUUUUUUAAAGAAAAUCUGUAUUUUUUUCAGACUCGGGAAAUUUAUGACUUCUUCCCUAUUCUAACAAAGAGCAUCCGCCAACUCGCAAAUGUGAGAUUUCUUUCAAAGCGAAGGAAAUAAUUAAUUCGUUUAGAAAACUUCAUACGGCGUUGUACCGGCCUCGUACGAAAUUGUGGAAGCAAACUGCACUGUUUGCCGUGAUCUGUUCAAUUCUCCAAUCAAGGUUGGCUUGUUUCGAAGUAAAACCAUAAGCUUUUACUAUUUAUUAUCAAGAAAAAGUCGUUGUGAACUGAGAACAAAAUGGAUAUUUCUAGUUGGAAUGCGGACACAUCUUCUGUACGCUGUGCAUCGAAACGUGGCUCGACACCAACUCGACGUGUCCCAUGUGCCGAGCCGCCAUCGACCGCAAGCAGGUUCAAAAAUGACAAUUUUUGCAGUUUUUCAUCGAAAAGUUCACAGGAUAACCAGUGGAAGUCGGGUUCGACAAGUCGCAUGCCAAGGUUUCUUUGAAAAGCCCUACUGAUUCGACCGACUGCGUACGGGUCUGCUUGAUGCUCUAAUUCUCGUUUCUCUUUACUUCAAUCCAACCAAAUGAUUUUUUUUUUACUUUUCAAUUACUCAUGGCUUUUUCUUCUUACUCCGGUUAACUAAUUUCUUUAGGCCUUUUUCGCUGUUGUCUUUCAUUUCUAUUUCACUUCUCUUUUUCAAAAUCCUUUCUCGUGCCUUAGAAUCCAUGCCAGUUCCGGUUAGCUCAUAAUAUUGUGAACAGUCUUCUACUCUCCCCUUUUUCUGUUGAAUAUCGCACCGUUUUCUUUGUUUUGGUUUUGUUUUUGGGGUUUCUAAAUCUCUUUCCACUCAAUUUUGAAAAAUUUUUUCUGCCCUAUCGAAAUAAAUGUUUUUAACAUUGUAUAAAAUUUAAAAAAAAACUAUACCAAAAUAAUGUUAUCAACAAUUCUGAAACAGAUUGUGCUGCCAUGUUUACAAAAGAAUAGAAAAAAAUAACUGACCAUUGAUUAAAAAAAUAAUUAGUUAUUCUCUUAGUUGUCACUUGCACAAAAAAAUUGAGCUAAAAAAAUUUCUUUCACAUGUAUAAGAAUAAAAAUUUUUCUUUAAAAAUUCGAAUAAUUCGAAAAACGUUAAGAAGUUGAUUUUAUAGGAAAGAAAAAUUAAGGAAAAAAAAUUGUAAAUCGUUUUUAGGAAAUACUUAUUCAAUUCAUAGAAGUUUCUUGUUUUUUUCGUGAAUAAAAUUGAUGAAAAAGAUCAAUAAGUAUUUUUUUCUGUCUAGAAAACCCUACAAACAGAAUUUUUGUUUUUUUGCUUAUUUGAAUUUUUUUACUUUUUCGCAAUGAUCAGGUAAGCUUUGAGAGCAUUUGAUGACAUAAAAAAUUUUCUGUGCUUUUUCAAAGUUUUCUCUUUGUUCACAAUUUUAUUUUCAACUGUCAGGAUUAAAAUGAGUGAAAAUAAUAAACUUUAUGCUCGUUGGUUAGUUCAUACGUAGUAAACUACCAUUAUCUGAAUUGUCAUAAAAGUGUAUAACAGUUUCUCCCAAGUUUUGCAGCUUUCAACGGAUCCUUUCGCAAGAGCAUCAUGUUUUAUCAACUUGAAAAGAUUUAUGAGUUUGUUUCAUUAUCGAAUGUCUCCGGUAUUUUUUUUUUUGCAUUAGGCUUCUGCAAUCGAUUUUAUCCAACCUCUAUCAUUGAAAAAAAAAAAUCCAAGUUAUGAUUUCGAUCAAAGAAUCUGCCCGAGUCGAAGUUAAUUGGCAGCGCUCAGGAAGGCAUACGUACACAACAAAAAGCUUACCGCUGCCGCGCAGGCGCGUAGUCCUGGCAACGCCUUCGAGUCGGCUCUUGCUGCACAUCGCUUCAAGGCAAGCUGA